CCACCUUGCUUAUGUCCCUUUGUUUUCCCGACACGGCGGAAAAGAUUGUGUUUGUUGAGAAAUUGCACAUGCUGUAGGUAUUUAAUUGUUUGUCGCCAUGCCGCUUCCAGCUGCUCUCGCGGCGAGGCUCGCAAAACGAGGGAUUGUAAAGGAAGUGGCAAAGAAGCCUGAACCUAAACUACCAGAGGAGGUUGAGGAGGUGUUUGCUGAGGAUUAUGACGAGCCAGCUAAACCAGAGCCUGAAGAUCCGGCGUUGCCAACAAAAGCAGUUGAAGACUAUGCUCAGCCUGGAGUGCUCCCCUUGAGUUCAGAACCCUUACUGUAUGAGGCUGUAGCGUGUCCAAACAAAUCCAACCCCUACCAUCAGUGUGAAGCCUACUGCAGAAAAAGAUAUGGCUUGAGAGAGUUCAAGACAGACCCGGUCAUGCUGAAGCGAAGAGAGCGACAUCUACGUAAAUACCCACUUCCCGAAGGCUGGCAGGAAGUUGCUGAUCCUAACACGGGCCGCUACUACUACUGGAACCUGGUGACGGACCAGGUAGCCUGGCUGUCCCCUUCUCACCCCAAGGCCCAGAUCACACUUCCAGCUGAAAAACUGCAAGCCGUGUUGGGGAAGGUCGGUGGAAUGCUGGACAUGGACGAGCACAGUGAUGAAGAGGAUAUGGACACCGGCAAGGGGAUGAGUGAUGACAGCAGUUCGGAGGAGGAGGAGGAAGUAGAGCAGAGACGACGUCGUGAUAGGCGACAUGACAGGGACCGCGACUGGGACCGUGACAGGGACCGAGAUAGAGACCGGGAUCGAGACAGGAGGCGGCGAGAUGAUAGAAAGGGUCGAGGAAGAGAUGGCCUUGACCCAAUGGAUCCCGCUUCAUAUUCAGACAUUCCUCGUGGGGGCUGGUCUGACGGACUUGAUCAGCGAGGUAAGGCCAAGACGGGCGUGGACGUCACAGCAUCAGGACCUCUCUUCCAGCAGCGCCCCUACCCUAGCCCAGGGGAUGUACUCAGAGCUAAUAGGGCCAUCGCUGACAAGAAGGCUGAUACAUGAAUCUCCUAAUGCAUCAUCUGAGGACAAAACAAGCUGAGCAGAAACAUCCAUCACUCUGAUCAUUACGACAUACGACAACAGUAUAGGAGGUUGUUAGAAGAAGUUUUAUGUUAUGUAUGAUGUCAAUAAAAUAGAUGUGUACAAA